UCACAACCAUGUGGUUCGAAUAGUGUGACCUUCAAAUUUGUCGGUCAUUGAUGGCCUCCUUUGGGAGCCCGACCAGUUGAUGUGGCUCAUAGUUAUUACAGGACCCACCAUUGUUGUACACCACUCUCCCUCCUGUAACGAUAUCCACACUUCGCAUCCAAUCCCAUCUCCCACCUUCAAGGCAUCAACCAUUCAUCCUAUUCCAAAUCUUAAAAAAAAAAAAAUUAUAAUAAAAAACAGAGGUUUGCAAAAUCUUUGUCUCUGCAAUGCCGGGAACCAUCAAUAUUUCAGUUCUCCAGUUCAUGGACCUUCCUUCACCACCUUCUUCCCCAAUAUCCAUCAAGGCGCAUUGACGACCCUUCGUGACAAUUUGGUUCUUCUUCUUCAAGAUUCGGAGGGGAAUGAGAUAUCGCACGCAGGAGUUGAGGUUAAGUCGAUAGUCGAGAAGGGUCUUUGGGACGACUUGUUUCCCCUGAAAGGAGGCGGGUUCGUGCGUAUGAAGUUGCAGUUUGUGCUCAACGAAGAAGAGCGCAACAAAAUCCGAAUGAUGAGAGAAUCUGCAGUGAAAAAGAAACAAGGGGAGUUGAUCAAUAGCAGUCCCAACAGUGUGCAAAGUACUCUGAGUGCUGGGGUCAAUGUCGCAUCAUCAUUGUACCUUCGCGAAGAGAUCUCAGAUAGAAAUGAAGAGACUUUAUCGGCCAUUAAUCUUCAUCAGAGUGUUGAGCUCCCAGUAAAUGAAUCGUACGAAGGGAGAUUCGUUGAGAAGGCUGAGGCCAAACCACUUCCAGCUAAUGUUGAAUCCACAGCCACUUCUGCGGAUAAAACUUCAAUAGUAUUAAGAGGCUCACAAUCGACUGCUGGCGCAACAAAUCGUCCUAAUCUUCUGGAAGAUAGGCUUCGAAACCCUGAGAAGCAGGGUCCGAUCAAGAAAACUCCUAGCAGUGUAAAGAAAAUGAUAAGCGCCUUUGAAAGCGGCUCAGCCGAGGAUAUGAGGCCUCAAAUCAAACCGCCACCAAUACAAGAUCGUUCGAAUAAGAUUAAAACAGGAGCUCCUUUGGAAAGCCAUAACUUAGAAGAACACAAGAAUGUGAUAAGUACAGAAACUGCAGAGUCAAUAUCAAAAGCGGUAGUGAAUCCUUUUCGGUCAGGGGACUUGAAUAUUCGGCCAACAUCUGGUGAAAAAAGCGGUGAGCAAAUAAGUCUACCUGGAGCUUCGGAUGCGAUUAAAUCUUCACAUCCCACUGGGAUAAAGAAUAAAAUCAAACAAUUAGAGGUACACCAAGUAGUUGACAUAAAGAAAGGUAACUUUCCCAAAAAUUUCGUUAAACCAUCAACAUUUGAAACGGUUCAAGUAUCAGAUAAGAUUCUUGGCAAGCAUAGGCACGAACCUUCUGAUAUACCCCGUGGAAAGCGACAUUCUGGUGGCAUUCACGGUAUAGAGGAGAGUCGAGUACAAGUUUCUUCAAGAAAUUGUCAAAUCACCGACGUUCAAGGAGCUUCAGAUAGUGCUAAUGCAUGUACAUCAGAAGCAAACUUGGAAGAUAGGCACAUUCGAGGAGAUACAGGUCCCAAUGUAUGCACAUCAGUAGCAAAAUGUAAAGAUAGGCACGAUCCCCUUGAGAGAUCUGGUGCCUGGAUAUUUCCAGAUGCAGCAAUACACUUUUGUAUAACGACUAGUGGUACAAAUAUGAUGGAUUCGCGAGGAGGUUGCAGAGAGAAUCCAAGUAUCCAUCAAAAGAUGAAUUUUUCACUACCACAAAAUGUUGAAGAGGUAUUGAAUUUUUCGGCUGAACUUCUGUAUAAUGUGGAUAGAAAUGAGGAGAACCAAAGAAGAAGAUCAAGGGUUGAGACUUCAUCAGAGGAGGCUGGAACUUUUGGUGGGGCGGUUGGGCAGGCAGUAAAAGUUGCAGUUGUAAUUGGCUUUGGCACACUUGUUCUCCUUACAAGACAAAGAACAAACAGGAAAACUCAAAAACUCUUCUUCGGUGUUGAGCAGUCUGGUUCAAAGAGGGAGAAGAAUGUAGAGGAGAAGGAUUUAUGUGCAGAAAGAGAGGACCCUUCAGAGUUUCAUUUUAGUAAGUUUUCAUAAAUAGUGUUGUAAGUUUCAUAAACAAUGUCGUAAGUUUUCAUAAACAGUGUAGUAAGUUUCAUAAACAAUGUACUGUGAGUCUGCACGUCAGAUUUUUU